AUGGAUUCACCAUCCCCCACCAAUACCAGAAUCCACCAAACACAUAGUGGAAUAGACCCCCACUCCAACAUCAACCCCAUCCAACUAUCUUCAUCAGAAAACAGCGAUGAUUCCCCCGCAGCACCAUUGAAUUAUGAAUUGGGUGAACGUAUGACCGGUGUCAGACAUGCAGCAGAUGCAAUCAACAAAACAAACACAGCUGAAGAUGAACCUCCUUUAUCUCAAGUCAAAUCUAACAAAUCAAUAUAUCUAACUCCCAUGGAACGAUUCCAAGAAUACGUUGGUGUAUUCCCCCGGUUUAUUCAAGUUUAUGUCACGAUAUUUUGUAUUUUUUUGGGGAUUUUGUCCAUCUAUUGGGGAUCAUUAUAUCAACGUCCUUCAAGAUUUCGAAAUAUGAAAUUCUUAGUGGUUAUUGAAGAUGUUGAUUCAUUUCCAGGAACUAAUGGAAAUAUGGUCGAUCCAUUGGUUGGAAACACAAUGAGAACAAUGUUGGAAACCAAUGAAACGGUCCUAUCAUUAGGCAAUUGGGAUAUUGUCAACCUAACCCAAUUCACCACCCUUGCAUCCAGUCACAACAAUACCAUCUCCCAAGAAGUCAACCAUCAAGUCCAUCAUCAAAACUAUUGGGGUGCCAUUCAUGUCUUACCCAACUCCACCGCCCAGAUCUUCACCAGUUUCGCCCAGGCGGAUCCAACAUUCAUGAUCAAUGGCGUAAACUCCACCAUUCAAGUCGUAUAUGAAUCGGGCCGUCAUUUCUCUGCCUUGAAUCAAUACGUAUUUCGACAUCUCGAUCUCGUGGGGGAGACAUGGAUAAGAACCUACGUCACUCCCCAGAUCUAUUCCCCCAUUCUCCAAUCCCUCAAUCAAUCCCAACACCAAGCCAUCCUCCUGUCCAACUCCACAAUCGCGAUGUUGAACUCAUUCCCGGCGUUUUCAUAUCUUGAUCUCCGUCCACCCCGGUCUGCAGCAGUAUUGGGUCCAAGUGAAUUAGGAUUAAUCUAUGCCCAAUUAUUCUCAUUCCAUCAAUUCAAUUUCUCAUUCGAGAUCUAUUCAUUCAUGAGAUCCAAACUCCGCUUCAAACAAUUCAUAAUCUAUAGAUGUAUCCUUUCCCAAAUCAAUUCCCUAAUCUUAUCAUUGGUAUAUUCAUUAAUGACAAUCGCAUUCCAAGUGCCCGUGAAUGUCGCGUUUGGAAGAAGUGGGUUUUUGGUAUUAUGGAUGUUUAUGUAUCUCUUCAUGUCUGCCUCGGCGGGUAUAAAUGAAAACGUGGUGAAUGUAAUCUUUACUUAUGAUAGAAAAGAAUUUAUUGCUCCUUGGAUGAUUUUGAAUAUUGUUAUGAAUAUUUCGACUACGUUUGCCCCGUUUGUGUUGAUGCCUGGGGUGUUUAGGUAUGGAUAUGCUUUGCCUAUGUUUAAUACGUAUGAGAAUUUGAAGGUGGUGUUUUUUGAUACGUGGAAGGGGACAUUGGGUAGGAAUAUUGGGGUAUUGGUGGCUUGGAUUGUGGUUAUGAAUGUGUUGUUGGUGUUUAAUAAUAGGUGGUCUUAUAAGAGGAGUAAAAGAGUCGAGCAUGAGAAGAAGGCAGCGGCCCAGUCAAAGGAACAAGAAGAGAAGACUGGCAUGAAACAGGAUGAUUCAAAGGGACUGAAGAAUACUAAUGAACCGUCUUCAGAAUCUCUGAGUGCAUAG